AUGGCUAAUCAUCAGACAGCUGUCGAUUACUACAAGAGCUUAUCCUCUCAACCUUCCCUUGCAGAAAAAUUCAGUAAUAUUGAUGAUGCUCACUAUUUCCGCCAGUGUCAACAAACACUCCUGAACGGUACUACGCGCAACUUCGUUCUUGAUUUUGGUGAUCAAGAUGCAUGGUGCGGCUUUGAUUUGCAAAAGGAGGAGUUUGUAUCGUUGAUGAAGGAUCAGGCUCUUGCAAACCGGUACGGAUUAUCUUAUCGCCUAGUGAAGAUGAUGUGUACAGAUCCAGUGAGACAAACGGAGACUGCUGUUGCAGAGCCAAACCUACUAGAGUCGGAACCUGCUGAGAAGUCGGACGAAAAACCUCAACAGACAGUAUCGAGCAGAGACCUAGAAGGGGCUUAUCAUCUUGACAAGCUGGAUCCUGCGGUUGCGAGUGCGGAAGUGGCUUCUCUCGGGUACUUGUCAUUCUCCAAUAUCAUCAAUCAGAUCUGGCAUUUCUGUUCAGUGGAUUACGGACCAAAAUACACAUGCAUUGGAUACAAUUCCCUUUAUACGGUCAAGGUCAACAAUAAGAUCCUGGAAAAUGGAAAAGGUCUACCAGAGGGAAAAAGAUUAUGGUGUUGGAUUAUCCUAUGUGAUGAUGGGACUGUCAUCUCCAUGCAAGAGAACCCAUUUCCUGGUCCAUACAUGCCCUCUAUUGAAGAAGAAAUGGUGCUGGUAGCUGCCACUCGACGGAAUGUCGUUUCAAUUUUCUCUGGUGCAUCCAAACAACAUCCAUUGGUCUCUGACAACGAGUCCUUGGUAUCUGUGCGCGUGCGCCACUUUUCCAGCAUCGAGCCUGACGAAGCUAGCAUUAAGCAGGAAGACGGCCCUGGCUUGAUAUUGUACUAUAUGUUCGACGACUGGGUGUCGAGCUAUCGCCUGGUAGCUCGUAGAGAACACAAGUAUGGUGCACUGCUGGAUGAAUUGAGGCAAAGGAUGUUGACGAAGCCUAACGUCGACCUGGUAGAUGAUCUGCAUUGGCUUGGGCGGCGUCUUGCUAUCUUGAAGCAUCUCUAUCAGAGCUAUGAGCUAGUCAUCACGCGUAUUCUGCAGCGUCAGCGUCUCUUGCGUGACGAGGCUGCUCAAAUUCGACACGCAAACACCCGCAAUGCGAACACAUUUAAUGACGCAGAAUACCCUGAUCGCGCGCAUAUGUCUUUUAGCCUGGCAGAUGUUUCCGGCACCUACGACUAUACUGCAGGUGUGCAACUGACAUCAGCUGCAGUUGGCCGCUUUGAGCGCUUAGCAGAUCGCAUAAGACUUUACUGCUUGAGUGAAAUUGAUACAUGCUUGGCGGAGAAAGAAACCCUAACGUUCAUGAACUUCAACUUGAUCGCUCUGAAAGACUCACAAGCAGUGGAAAAACUGACUCGCAUUACAAUUCUAUUGGCAAAAGCGACGAUCAUGUUUCUUCCUGUGAGCUUGAUGUCUCAAUACUUCAGUAUCCAGAUUCCAGAUAUUGAAGGCCCUCUCUCAUUGCGUGCGUACUGGAUCGCAUUUGCAGUGUUGAUGGUCUUAUCAAUAGGUAUUUUGACCUUAUUUGGUUACGAGGACAUUGUUCAGUUCUUCGAAGCAGAAGUCGAUGGAGCUCAUGUCUCAAAGGCGUGCGAGACGAUAGCGGUAACUACAUGA